GGCUAACUUAUACUAUUAACAAUAUCUGGUGAUGAUGAGAAAAAGUGUCAAAGUUAUUGAUUAAAUAAACUUGAAAGGCCACUGCUUUUAUUAUAAUGUUUACUCGGCAUCUAAUAAGAGAGUAUGGAGGAAAAGAUACCCGGAACCAAUACAAUGCAUAUAAAGGAAGCCUAAGUUUUAUCCAGAGGCUCCAGAUUGAAAGAAGACUGGAGGUCCAUAGUGGCUGUGUCAACACGAUAUGCUGGAAUGACAGAGGAACCAACAUCCUGUCUGGCUCUGAUGACCUCCAUCUAGUCGUCAGCAAUCCUUAUAAUGGCAAGAUCAUACACAAGAUACGAUCAGGUCACAGGCAGAACAUCUUCAGUGCCAAGUACCUAGCCAAUGGCCUGGACAAUGAGACCAUCAGCUGUUCUGGGGAUGGGAAGAUAUUCUACACACACCUCGAGAGAGAGGACCUGGCCAAUGCACACAUGUUUGACUGCCACUUCGGCACUACUUACGAGGUGUUGGUGAUUCCCAAUGAAGCAUCCACCUUCCUGUCUUGUGGCGAGGACGGCACCGUCAGGUUCUUCGACCUCCGAGAAAAAUCCUCGUGCUCCAAGCCCUCUUGUAAAGAAGAUGUGAUGAUCACCUGCAGGAGUGCCAUCACAGCAAUGGCCGCCAAUCCUCUGCAUCCAUGGCAACUGGGAGUGGGGUGUUCUGACAGCUCUGUAAGGAUUUAUGACAGAAGAAUGCUCGGAACGAGAGCAACAGGUAACUACAGCGGUAAGAGCUUGAAGGGCCUGUUAAGCAUGUUUACCCCACCCAGCCUGGAGAAGGAGUCAUACAGAGUUACAUCCCUUCACUACAGCAGCGACGGGAGAGACGUUCUUGUCAGCUAUUCCUCCGAGCAGAUUUACAUCUUCUCUUCACAGGACUGUGAUGAUUUUAAACCAUUGGUCAAAGAAGUACCAGAAAUUAAGUCCAGUGGGGUCCCAGCCACAGAGUCCAGUGACGAGCCGAGCCCUGGCCAAUCAUCUGCCAGUGAUGGGGUUGCCUUGCCCACCAAUGACACAGAAACAAGGCAGCCCCCUGUGAAAAGACUGCGACUGCGAGGUGACUGGUCAGACACUGGACCAGGGGCCAGGCCAGAGCGACAGACACCUGGUGGCACCACGAGCGAAGCUGGCCAGGAACACCAGGAAGCCACAGGGAGUGCCCGUAGCAGAGUGAUGAACAGGAUGUCAGACCUGCUGACCCGCUGGCUGGUGACCAACAUGAGGUCUACUCAGGCACAGAGGGACUCUCAGACGACAGAGGGGGGAGGGGAACAGGGGGCACAGGAGCUGGUAGGGGCUGACAGGGGGGCAACGGAAGGGUCCUUAGAAGGAGCUAGUGAAGGAGAUCAGCCAGCAAGUGAUAACAAUCAUGAGCCAGUACAGGAGAUUCAUGAGUUUAGUGAAGAGACACAAGCAAUGUUAACAGAAAUGGGAAGAGACAUUCCAAGGAAUGUGAGUUCACAGAGUGACUCUUUGUCUGGACAACAUUCAGGGGAAGCAGAGAUGUACUCAGAGAGUGAAAAUGUACAGUCAGAAAAAGAAAGCACAGCUUGUGGUCACACUGAUGAUAGUUCUUUCAAUGAUUCACAAACUGUUCCAUCUAAGUCAGAUAUUGCCAAUGUAGAGGAAUCCUUAACAAACAUUGAUAAUGGAACAUCCAGUAAGUCAAUUCCAGAAAUAUGUCGUGAUCAUGACAUCAAUGAAUCUAAAAGUAAAGGAUAUGAUGAAGAUGCAUAUACGCCGCAGACUUUCAACUUAAAGGCAGAAAGCCCUGAUUCAGUUGGUUCAAAGUCAGAUGAGUCCCAGUCUUCUGUGGUGAAUAAGAUAGAAGUGAUGGCCGUCAGUGAUGAACUGGCAGAGGAUAACUCCAGUAAACAUUGUGAUAAUGAGACUGAAAUCAGUGAUGCUUAUAAUCCACUAUAUCCAACAACAUACAAAUCAGCUUUAGAAUCUGAAAUUGCUGGAGGUAUGGAAUCUAAUUCAGUUCCUGUGUCCCAACCUGAAGCUGGUGAACUGGGAUCACAUGGUGAGCAAGAUCGUUCUGAAUCAUCACUAGCAAACAACACAAGUGAAAGAACUGAGAUUCGGGCCGCUGUUGAGAGCCUGAGGGCCCAGAAUCUGGCCCCUGUUGUUAGCCUGCACUAUUCCUCAGAGGGGACAUCAGCUGGGACUAUAAGGGUCGGCUUCACACAGUUCCAGAGUCUAGAAGACGAAAUUGCUGCUGAGAAUCCUACCCUUGGUGACUCACAAACAGAGAGUGACAAUAAUAGUGUCAGUGUAAUUAGACAAAAUAUAUCAGACACUGUGAAUACUAGUAGUUCUCAACAAGAGUUAAACGUUGAUGACAGCAGAGACAUCGCAAAUAGCUCUGUGUUGCAGGGUAACAGUGAAGUAAAUGAUGGAAGCAAAAAUCAGAAACAUACUCCAGAAAAUGACAAUAGACAUGCGAGUGAAUCAUACUCAAUGGAAACUCAAAAUACAAAAUCUGAAGAGACAAUGUUGAAGCCCUUCUGUCCUGAAGAAAUGGAGGUAGCUUCUGGUAGUAAUGUUAAAGAUUUGCCCGAUGAUGUUGAUUCAGACAUGGAGGAGAACGAACAAGCAUACUGUGAUAAUGAGGAUAGGACUAGGACUAAACUGCUUCCAAGUGUCUCUGUACAGGUGGAAGGAGCGAUGAGCAAUGAAGGGAAAAGUGAACAAAAUAUUGUUGAUAAUAAAGUUGAUAUUAACAUCAUUGCAGAAGAUUCAGAAAGCCAUACAGAAGAGAUUAGGAGUGAAGUAUUAGAAACAGUCACCUCAGUUGGUAAUGAAGCAACGGGAGACAGCAGGACUGAUUCACAAGCGACUGGGGGUGAGGAAAAUGUGUCAGGAACAUUGCCCAGACAGAGGCGUAUAGGGCACAGUGGUCCACCGACAGGCAGCUUUCACCUGAAUAGCAGUGAUAGCAGCAGUGAUGAUGAGGGUGGUGCUGAAAGCAGACGGGAGGACUUAAUGCGACAGACAGCUGCCCGUAAGCUGCAGGCAUUCCACCGACUCAGGCAGGAGGCCCGGGAAAAGAAGGAAAUGGCCGAGAGUAACAUUGGCCGACCCACCGUCAAACACGUGUACAAGGGACAUAGAAACGCCAGAACCAUGAUAAAGGAGGCAAGCUUCUGGGGAGACAAUUACGUUAUGAGCGGUUCAGACUGUGGUCACGUGUUUGUAUGGGACCGACACACAACAGAGGUGGUUAUGCUGCUAGAGGCUGAUAAACAUGUCGUCAACUGUAUACAGCCACAUCCCUUUGAUCCAGUAUUAGCUACAAGUGGUAUUGACUAUGACAUCAAGAUAUGGAGCCCUCUCAAUGAGAAGCCAAGCUUUGAUGAACAAAGAGCUAAGGAGGUCAUGUUACACAAUGAGAUAAUGUUGGAGGAGACACGUGACACUAUCACUGUUCCAGCAUCCUUCAUGCUGCGAGUCCUCGCGUCCAUCAACAGCAUACGCUCAGGUCGACGAGCGAUGGAGAGAAAUAGGACGUCAUCGGGGGAGAACCAAGACGAGGCUGGCAGACAGGCCAGUGAUACAGAUUAAUUUCCACGCCUUUCGGAUACUUGGAAGUUAUUAUCAUGGUGCUCAGUGAUAAGGGAUUAAGUGCCAUCGGUAUAUUCUACAUAGGACGUCAUCGGGGGAGAACCAAGACGAGGCUGGCAGACAGGCCAGUGAUACAGAUUAAUUUCCACGCCUUUCGGAUACUUGAAGUUAUUAUCAUGGUGCUCAGUGAUAAGGGAUUAAGUGUCAUCCCUAUAUGCUACAUUAACCCUUUUGUUCAUAAGGAUGUGGCCAAAUCACGCACCCCUAGUUAAUCCCCUUAUUGAAUAACUUUAAAGUAAAAAAGCGUAUCAAUAAGCUUUCGGUUAGAGAAAUAAAAAGGCACAUAUAUAAAGCUAUGGAUAGAGGAGUAAAAAGGUGUACCUAUAAGGAAUGUUUCAGUAAAUGCAUGUCAGUAAUACACAAUUUAUACAAUGGCUAUCAGAGAGUCUGUUAUACAGAUUCAAACACCAUUAUACACAUAUGGGAAAUUAUAUCAAAGUUCCUAACUUCUAAAUGAUAAUAAAAAAAUAAAAUGUCAAACAUGUUCCUGCAUAAAAAGAAUUACCAAAUGUUUCUCAUGUGCUAUAAAUCACCUAAAAUUGAUUAACAUUAUUAUGUUAAUAUCUGCUAUUAUCUGUUCAAGCUUGAUAAUUUCAUUGUAUAUGUUUUGUUUGUACAAAACGUUGAUUCAAAAAUACCUCAUUUUCAAAUCUUGUAUUAAAAGCUACAAACAUUCAUGUGAAAUGUCGCUGUUUCAUGAUUGUGGAUUAGGGUUUUAUCAAUUAGCAGAUAAUUUCGUAAUCGAUCUUUGCAUAAUCUAAAGAAAUGUAAGAAUGACCAUACAUCAAGUAGUUAUGGCCAAAUUAGCUGUAAGAAUGACCAUACAUUAAGUAUUUAUGGCCAAAUUAGCUGUAAGAAUGACCAUACAUUAAGUAUUUAUGGCCAAAUUAGCUGUAAGAAUGACCAUACAUUAAGUAUUUAUGGCCAAAUUAGCUGUAAGAAUGACCAUACAUCAAGUAUUUAUGGCCAAAUUAGCUGUAAGAAUGACCAUACAUCAAGUAUUUAUGGCCAAAUUAGCUGUAAGAAUGACCAUACAUCAAGUAUUUAUGGCCAAAUUAGCUUUACAUUCAUUUGUUUCGCAUUAUGAUACUUUCUUUAAUGCAACUGAUAUAUUGCAUGCAUGCACAUUCGUUACCGCUUCGUAACCUAUUAUAUAAUGAUCAGUAAUCAUUUAAGAUGGAUAUUCAUCAUGCCAAAAUUGAGAUACAAUGAACAGUAUUUGUGCAUUUUCACUAGAAAAGUGAUAUAAUUGGCACUUUCAUUUCAAUGUGCAAUUUCUUAAGCUUUUGCUGUAAGAUUUCUAAAAAAAAUUCACAAAGCUACAUUUA